AUGAGCAAAUCAACAAGGCUUCUCGCGUUUCAACACUUCUUAUUCACGACCUCACAGUUGAGGAACUUUUGGGUUUGUAAGCUGGGGAUAAUUCCGCCGUCACCGGCCCCGUUGAGGAUGCUGUCAGCUAAAGUGCUUAAGUCUGCCCCAGGCUACAGCUUUUCGGUACAAUUGAACACCCUAAUUUACUCGACAAUGAACAUCGAAUCGGAGGCUUCUGGCCUUCCGGUCGGGCCAACACGACGUAUUGAAGUCUAG